UGCCGCAAAACAUACUUUAUCCGGUAUGGAAGGUUAGUGGUCACGUGUUCCUCCCUUCCUCUUCCUCUCUCUUCUUCUUCAUCAUCCUCUUCUUCCUCCGCCAUCUCUUCUUCUUCCUCAUCCUCUUUUACCAUUUCUUCUAUCACUGAAUCAUUCGCAAAAGGAUACCUUCCGGCCCACAUGCCCCUAGCUCCAGUAGUUCCGAAGACUCCAGGGCAGCCAUAUGCCUUUGAGCGGCCUGAGUGCUUGGGUUGGUACCUGAUACCGUUAUUCAAGCUCUACAUCUCAUACGCGCCAGACUCCUUUCCCUGUGACUGGCUGGAGAAAACAGAGGACAUCAAGGUGAAAUGCAUAGACAGCACAGGCAACAAGGUAGAAUUUCCGACUCCUCCAGAGCUUUUGAAGGCCAUCAGGAAGUGUGAGAAUGUCAACCAUCCUGAAAAGGGGCCUUGCUUACCCAACAACUGGCACUUUUCUGGCUUCAUGCAGGGGGGAGCCUAUGACGUCCUUCGGGAGUAUCGGCCCAUCGAGCACGGGGAGUAA